GUUACUAGACUCCCCUUCCCUUCCCUUCCCUUGUUGCAUGGCCGCCCGCGACGCCAAGCGCCGCCGCCUCAACCUCGCCCUCUCCCCGCCCCCGCCCCUCCACGACCUCGCCGACGAGCUCCUCUUCCUCAUCCUCGACAGCCUCGCUGCCGACGACCCACGCGCCCUCAAGUCCUUCGCCCUCGUAUCCCGCGCCUGCCACGCCGCCGAGUCGCGCCACCGCCGCCUCCUCCGCCCCUUCCGCCCCGACCUCCUCCCCUCCGCGCUCGCUCGCUACCCUCAUGUCUCCCGCCUCGAUCUCUCCCUCUGCCCACGCGUCCCCGACGCCGCCCUCGCCGCGCUCUCCGCCGCGCCCUCCCUCUCCACCGUUGACCUCUCCCGCUCCAGGGGCUUCGGCGCCGCCGGCCUCGCCGCGCUCGUCGCCGCAUGCCCGAAUCUCACGGACCUCGACCUGUCCAAUGGCCUCGACCUCGGCGACGCCGCGGCGGCGGAGGUGGCCAAGGCGCGCCGCCUUCAUAGGCUCUCGCUCUCGCGAUGCAAGCGCCUCACGGACAUGGGGCUCGGCUGCAUCGCCGUCGGCUGCCCGGACCUGAGGGACCUCUCUCUCAGGUGGUGCAUCGGGGUCACACAUCUCGGCCUCGACCUCCUCGCCCUCAAGUGCAAGAAGCUCAACGUCCUGGAUCUCUCCUACACCAUGAUCGUAAAAAAGUGCUUCCCAGCCAUCAUGAAGCUACAGAAUCUACAAGUGUUACUACUGGUGGGAUGUAACGGAAUCGAUGAUGAUGCCCUUUCUAGUCUUGAUCAACAGUGCAGCAGAUCACUACAGGUGCUUGAUAUGUCAAACUCUUGCAAUAUUACUCAUGUUGGUAUUAUGUCCGUUGUGAAGGCAAUGCCAAAUCUGUUGGAACUGAAUCUAUCAUACUGCUCUCCUGUUACUCCUCCUAUGUCGAGCAGCUUCGAACUGAUCUGUAAAUUGCGGACCUUGAAGCUUGAUGGUUGCCAAUUCAUGGCUGAUGGACUAAAAUUGAUUGGAAAAUCCUGUAUUUCUUUGAGGGAGUUAAGUUUGAGCAAAUGUUCUGGAGUGACAGAUACAGAUCUGUCUUUUGUUGUGUCAAGACUGAAAAAUUUGCUGAAGCUGGAUGUUACUUGUUGUCACAAAAUCACUGAUGUUUCAUUAGCUGCCAUCACAACCUCAUGCCCCUCCCUCAUCUCUCUGAGAAUGGAGUCCUGUAGCCUUCUUUCUAGCAAAGGAUUACAACUGAUUGGAAAACGAUGUACUCGCUUGGAGGAGUUGGACCUUACUGAUACCGAUUUGGAUGAUGAAGGUUUGAAAGCUCUCUCUCGAUGCAGCAAACUUUCAAGCCUAAAAAUUGGCAUAUGCUUGAGGAUAACUGAUGAGGGCCUUAGCCAUAUUAGCAAGUCCUGUCCAGAUCUCCGAGAUAUCGAUUUGUACAGGUCUGGGGCCAUCAGUGAUGAAGGGGUUACUUGUAUGGCUCAAGGAUGCCCAAUGUUAGAGUCUAUCAAUUUGUCCUACUGCACAAAAAUAACAGACUGCUCAUUGAGAUCACUUUCAAAAUGCAUAAAGCUGAAUACAUUGGAGAUUCGUGGCUGCCCCAUGGUUUCCUCUGCUGGUCUCGCAGAAAUAGCGACAGGAUGCAGGCUACUUUCCAAGCUUGAUAUCAAGAAAUGCUUUAAGAUCAAUGACUUGGGAAUGAUAUUCCUUUCCCAAUUCUCUCACAACCUCCGGCAGAUAAACUUAUCGUAUUGUUCGGUCACCGACAUUGGACUUAUCUCCCUUUCAAGCAUAUGUGGCCUGCAGAACGUGACCAUUGUGCAUUUAUCGGGUGUUACACCAAAUGGACUCAUAGCUGCUCUUAUGGUCUUUGGUUUGAGAAAAGUGAAGCUUCAUGAAGCAUUCAAAGCCAUGGUUCCUCUGCAAAUGCUCAAAGUUGUUGAGGCCCGUGGUUGUAUUUUCCAGUGGGUUAAUAAGCCCUACCAGGUUGCGCUAGAACCGUGUGACGUAUGGAAGCAGCAAUCACAAGAUUUGCUUGUACAAUGAAAGGUUUCAAAGAUAUAAGUUGUGGAGAACCAGGGCAUGUUUUGUGGUUCAAUGCAAGGCUACUAUCCUGCAAUCCUACAGAAUGAGCUUCAGAGUUUCUGUGCCAUUAGAUGAUACAGACUGAGUAGCGGAUCGAAUUACUGACGGUAGCUUGGACAGAAAACUGAUGUACAUUGUUAUUUUGCAUUUUUGCUUGUUUGCCGGUGAACAAGAGAGAGGUUAUAUUUGUGUUGUUGUAUAGCACAAGCAUGAAUGGAAGUGAUCAUUUUUGGGUCUUGUAGCAUAUGUGCUAUGCCUUGUAGUGCCUUUUUGAUACACAAGUUGAUUAUUGGAACAUUGCAUUUUCAAUAUAAUUGGUGAUAUAGCAUUUUUCAUCUC